ACGACAUUUAGAGAUAGUGUAGACUAACUAAGUCAAUAAAAUGAAGAAAAUAUUAGUUUAUAUUUGCACUUUUGCAUUCGUUUCUUUUACUGUUGACUCAAAGAAAUUAGGAUCCGCCAAUAAGCAUUACAAUACCUGCCUAACUGAAACUAAUGUAUCUGAGGAUGACAUGAUAACAAUACAAGACUUAAUACAUGAUCGAUACAAAUCCGAAAAUCAAGAAAAAUUAAAUAAGAAUGGUUGUGUCCAACAAUGUAUAUUUCAAAAAAAUGGAUUAAUGGAAGACGCAGAAUAUAAGGUAGAAAAAAUGCAUACCACAUUCAUUGAGAAAACAAAUAUUCAACCAGGAGAUAAAAGAUUGGAAAGGCUGGAAAAUUGCAUAAACGAAUCAAAAGAUCUUACAGAAAAAUGUAAAAAAGCGUUCCUUUUUGCCGUAUGUUUUUUAAAAUCUGAACAAGAGCAUAUGCAUGAUUAUGGGUAUAGUGAAUCCGCAAAAUAGUAAAUACAAAAAUAACCGAAAUAUAAUUAAUAUGUUAAAAU